GAGCACCACAAGGAACACUACAACACCACAGGAGCACCACAAGGAGCACUACAAGGAACACUACAAGGAACACCACAAGGACCACCAUAAGGAACACCACAAGGAACAUUACAAGGAGCACCACAAGGAGCACCACAAGGACCACCAUAAGGAACACCACAAGGAACACCACAAGGACCACCAUAAGGAACACCACAAGGACCACCAUAAGGAACACCACAAGGAACACCACAAGGAACACCUCAAGGAGCACCUCAAGGAGCACCUCAAGGAGCACCUCAAGGAACACCACAAGGAGCACCUCAAGGAGCACCUCAAGGAGCACCUCAAGGAACACCACAAGGAGCACCUCAAGGAACACCACAAGGAACACCUCAAGGAACACCUCAAGGAGCACCUCAAGGAGCACCUCAAGGAGCACCUCAAGGAGCACCUCAAGGAACACCACAAGGAGCACCUCAAGGAGCACCUCAAGGAGCACCUCAAGGAACACCACAAGGAGCACCUCAAGGAGCACCUCAAGGAGCACCUCAAGGAGCACCUCAAGGAACACCUCAAGGAGCACCUCAAGGAGCACCUCAAGGAGCACCUCAAGGAACCUCAAGGAACAAGGA